GCCAGGAUGUCCACCCAGAGCAUCCACCCUCUGAAACCCGAGGCCUUGCAUCUGCCAGCUGGGAUCCCAGAGUCACCAAGCUGCCAGAGGCGCCACACGCUCCCCGCCAGUGAGUUCCGCUGCCUCACCCCAGAGGAUGCCGUCAGUGUGUUUGAGAUCGAGCGCGAAGCCUUCAUCUCUGUCUCGGGCCUCUGCCCCCUGUACCUGGAUGAGAUCCGGCACUUUCUGACCCUGUGUCCAGAGCUGUCCCUGGGCUGGUUUGAGGAGGGCCGGCUUGUGGCCUUCAUCAUUGGUUCACUUUGGGACAAGGAGAGACUCACUCAGGAGUCGCUGACACUGCACAGGCCCGGGGGCUGCACAGCCCACCUGCAUGUGCUGGCUGUGCACCGCACCUUCCGGCAGCAGGGUAGGGGCUCUGUGCUGCUGUGGCGCUACCUGCACCACCUGGGCAGCCAGCUGGCCGUGCGCCGGGCUGCACUCAUGUGCGAGGAUGCACUGGUGCCCUUUUAUGAGAAGCUUGGCUUCCAUGCUGUGGGUCCAUGUGCUGUCACUGUGGGCCCCCUCACUUUCACGGAGCUCCAGUGCUCCCUGCGGGGCCAGGCCUUCCUGCGCAGGAACAGUGGUUGCUGAGCCAGGCGGCCCACCUGGC